AUGUAUCAAACCCUCCACCUCCAACCUACAAACACACUUGCUCAAAGACUAUUAGCAGACAUAAGUCAGCUGGAACUACAGCCAGAACUCAAACUCAGAGGACUGGUGCUUUGCUGGCAGAAAAAGAGAAUGGUCAAGUUGUUAUCCCUCAUGCCAGGAGCAUCAGCAGCCAUCACUGGUGCAGACCCUUUAUCAGUAAUGGGUGCUGUCAUGCUGCAUAUCAAGGAAAUGGAAGAUGAGCUUGUAUACCUUCAAGGGCGGUUCCUGAAUGUUGAUAUCUCCAAUUUUGGUCCCAAUGCCAACAACAUCCUUGAAACUAUGGUGGCUUGUCCCAGAGGUACUGCUGGUAAAGACUUCAGUAUCCAAAUCUCCAUGGGCCUUGCAGGUUCAACAAAGAAGGGUGCAAAAUACACAGCAAUCCUGUCAUGCAUCAACUGGGAGCUUCCCUGGGCUCAGAUCCCCACCAGCAAGAAGGCAAAGCUAUUCCAGGUUGUGAUUUUCCUUGCCACAUCAUUAUUGAUUCUUGUUCACUCACAAUUUUCUUGCCAGGCUUGA